AUGACUCUCUGGGGCCAAGACACCGUCACCGAUGUCGCGGAAGCCGUUGGAAUCGUGCAUCUCAACAAGGAAGUGACCCAAGCACUAUGCCGGGACAUCGAGUACCGGAUAUCGCAGGUUCUCCAGGAGGCGCUGAAGUUCAUGAAACACGGCAAGCGCACGGUGAUGUGGACGCAGGACAUCUCGAACGCUCUGAGGGUAUUGGACAUCGAACCGCUGUACGGGUACGAGACGACGCGGCCGCUGAGAUACGGAGAGGCGUCGCUGGGGCCGGGGCAGCCACUGUUCUACGUCGAGGACGAGGAGAUGGAUUUUGAAAAGUUGAUUAAUGCGCCGCUUCCAAAAGUUCCUAGAGAGGUUUCGUUUACUGCGCACUGGCUCGCAGUCGAAGGUGUACAGCCAUCAAUACCGCAGAACCCAACGAGCAACGAAGCGCGCAACCUCGAACUCCUUCCCAAGGGCCCGAACGCGAACCCCGCCCUGGCUGCCAUGACGGGCGCCGACACCACCACGACCAAACCGCAAGUCAAACACAUAUUGUCCAAAGAGCUGCAAUUGUAUUUUGAAAAGGUGUGCGCGUCCGUGUUGGACGAGACGCAACCGGAAUACCGUACGGCCGGGCUGGCCAGCCUGAGGGAAGACCCGGGGCUUCAUCAACUCGUGCCGUAUUUCGUGCAGUUUGUCGCGGAGAAGGUGACGCACAACUUGAAAGACUUGUUCGUGCUGACGCAGAUGAUGUUGGUCAUUGAUGCGUUGACGAGGAACGACAAGCUCAAUCUGGCUCCAUAUGUCGCCUCACUAGUCCCUCCCGUGUUGACCUGCCUGAUCGGCCGCUCUUUAGGAUCCGGCAUCGGCUCUCUCGAUCACUACGACCUGCGCGACCUCGCCGCGGCGCUGCUCGGACACCUCUGCCGCAAAUACUCCAAAUACUCGCACAACCUGAAACCGCGACUGGCUCGGUCGUUGCUCAAGACGUUCCUGGACCCGAAGAAACCGUUCGGAAGCCACUACGGCGCCAUCCUCGGGUUGCGAGCCAUUGGAGGCGCCGAGGUGGUCAGACAACUGAUCGUGCCGAAUCUCAAACCGUUUGGCGAACUCCUCGAGGAGGAUCUCCAGGAUUCGAGUCUGAGGAAGGCCGAAGCCGAGAAAGUCGUCGCGGCGAUCCUGAACGCUUUGGGCGCCCUGGUCGACGACGAGGUGCCGGUCUUGAUGAACGGCCAUUCGGAAGAAUCGGCGAACGACUUGCGCACCAAGCUGGUCGACAAACUCGGCCCCGUGAUCGGAAAUCGUGUCGCCGACUCGGGUCAUCUGAAGCUGGCCAAGGCCGUUUUGGAAGGCGAUCUGCUGGGAGUCUGA